CAACAGUUGAAGGAAGAACACCCUGCUUUCCCUUCGCUUCUCCGAGGCUUAGCGGCUUAGAGCAAUAGUCCCGCUGCUUCUGCGGGCUGAAGCGACACGGAUAGACAUCCUAGAAUAUGUUUCCCUGCGAGCGUGUGAACAUUGCCCAGCUCGGCUUUCAACUCGCUUCCAACCUGCACCGCCCGGCCAGCAUGCCUCCCCGGCCGUGAAGCGGGGCCGCCGCCGCCCCUCCGCGCCGCUGGUAACCCGCCCUCGCCGCCACCUGGCCCUCCUGAUCGACGACACACGCACUUAAAACUUGUUCUCAGGGUGUGUGGAGUCAACUUUCCGGAAGCAACCAGCCCACCAGAGGAGGUAGACAGACAGCUAGUUGGAGUAGCUGAUUCCUAAAUAAGUCCCCAGAGCGAGAGGAUACGAUGCUGUGGAGGCUAGUUCAGCAAUGGAGCGUCGCGGUGUUCCUGCUGAGCUAUUCGGUGCCCUCCUGCGGGCGCUCGGUGGAGGAGCUCGGCCGCCGACUCAAAAGGGCUGUGUCUGAGCACCAGCUCCUCCAUGACAAGGGGAAGUCCAUCCAAGAUUUACGGCGUCGGUUCUUCCUCCACCACCUGAUCGCGGAAAUCCACACAGCCGAAAUCAGAGCUACCUCGGAGGUGUCCCCCAACUCCAAGCCUGCUCCCAACACCAAGAACCACCCUGUCCGCUUUGGGUCUGAUGAUGAGGGUAAAUACCUGACUCAGGAAACUAACAAGGUGGAGACAUACAAAGAGCAGCCACUGAAGACGCCUGGCAAGAAAAAGAAAAGCAAGCCUGGCAAACGCAAGGAGCAGGAAAAGAAGAAACGGCGAACUCGGUCAACCCUGCUGACCUCAGGCGUGGCUGGGACUGGGCUGGAAGAGGACUACCUAUAUGACAUCUCCACAACAUCGCUGGAGCUCGACUCACGGAGGCAUUGAAUUUUUCAGCAGAGACCUUCAGAAGACGUAUUGCAGGAUUCUGUAAUAAUGAACAUGUGGAAAGUAUUAGAAAUAUUUAUUGUCUGUAAAUAUUGUAAAUGGCAUUGGAAUAAAACUGUCUCCCCCAUUGCUCUAUGAAACUGCACAUUGGUUAUUGUGAAUAUUUUUUUUGCCAAGGCUAAUCCAAUUAUUAUUAUCACAUUUACCAUAAUUUAUUUUGUCAACUGAUGUAUUUAUUUUGUAAAUGUAUCUUGGUGCUGCUGAAUUUCUAUAUUUUUUGUAACAUAAUGCACUUUAGAUAUACAUAUCAAGUAUGUUGAUAAAUGACACAAUAAAGUGUCUUUAUUUUGUGGUUGAUCUUAAUGAAUGCCUAAAUAUAAUUAUCCAAACUGAUUUUCCUCUGUGCAUGUAAAAAUAGCAGUAUUUUAAAUUUGUAAAGAAUGUCUAAUAAAAUAUAAUCUAA